GCCGGCUUCCUCCUCCUCCUCGCCCCAUGCAGGGAAGACGGCCCGGGACUCCCUUCGCCUCCUCCUGAUGGAGGCGGGCUCGUUUGCCGUGCCCCUAGCGGGGGUUCGCGGGGACUCAUCCCGCCCGUAGUGGGAGGCAGGGUGCCGGCCAGCUCCACCCUCUUCCCGCCGCCUGGUUGCCUUUCGGAAAAGACGGAGAGGACUUUCCCCCACGCGGCGUCUCCUCCUCCUCCUCCUCUUCCUUCUGCUAACCAUGCGACGGCUGAGCCGGAGGCUGGCUCUGUCUGUCUUGGGGAUCUUGUGGAUCGCGGCUCUGCUGCUCUUCUUCGGGACCAGGAAGAAGUUGGAAGUGGUGGGAGCCGAAGGGCAGACGCCGAAGGGCUCUGACAUCGACUGGGAUGACCUCUGGAAUCAGUUUGAAGAACGAAAGUACCUGACUGCCCGGAAAUGGAAGGGAGGAGAGGACCCGUAUCGACUAUAUGCCUUCAACCAGCGGGAGAGUGAGAGGAUACCCAGUGACCGUGGCAUUCGAGACACAAGACACCACAGAUGCACUACUUUGCACUAUCGCACAGAUCUGCCGCCAACCAGCAUCAUCAUCACUUUCCAUAAUGAGGCCAGGUCCACGCUACUAAGGACGAUAAGAAGUGUUCUGAACCGAACUCCAGUGCAUCUGGUCCAUGAAAUUAUAUUGGUAGAUGAUUUCAGUGAUGAUCCGGAUGACUGCCGUUUGCUGAUCAAGCUACCCAAGGUGAAAUGUUUGCGCAACAGAAGAAGAGAAGGUUUGAUCCGGUCCCGCAUUCGAGGAGCAGAUGUGGCACAGGCAGGCGUUCUGACCUUUCUAGACAGUCACUGUGAGGUGAACAAGGACUGGCUGCUGCCUCUUUUACAAAGGAUCAAAGAGGACCCAAAGCACGUGGUGAGUCCAGUUAUUGACAUCAUCAACUUGGACACUUUUGCUUAUGUGGCAGCUUCUUCAGAUCUGAGAGGAGGGUUCGACUGGAGCCUGCAUUUUAAAUGGGAACAACUUUCUCCAGAGCAGAAGGCAAAGCGGGCAGACCCCACAGAGCCCAUCAAGACUCCUAUCAUUGCAGGAGGUCUUUUUGUAAUUGACAAGGCCUGGUUCAACCACCUUGGGAAAUACGAUGCAGCUAUGGACAUCUGGGGUGGAGAGAAUUUUGAAAUCUCAUUCCGGGUGUGGAUGUGCGGCGGAAGUUUAGAAAUCAUCCCCUGCAGCCGGGUUGGGCACGUCUUCAGGAAGAAGCACCCCUACGUCUUCCCCGAAGGAAAUGCCAACACCUACAUAAAAAACACCAAACGCACAGCUGAAGUAUGGAUGGAUGAAUAUAAGCAGUACUAUUACGCGGCCCGGCCUGCAGCUCAGGGGAGGCCAUAUGGAGACAUCCAGAGCAGAGUGGAAUUGAGAAAGGCCUUGAAAUGCCACACCUUCAAGUGGUACCUGGAAAAUGUCUAUCCUGAACUGAGAAUUCCUGAGGAAUCUCUCUACCAGACUGGGAUGAUUCGACAGAGACAGAGAUGUCUGGAGACCCAGAAGUCAGAAGCCCAGGAGUUCCCAGUUGUGAUCUUAAACCCCUGCGUCACCAGCAAAGGUGCAGUAAUGGCAGCUCAGGAAUGGACAUAUACAUACAACCAGCAAGUCCACUUCCAGAAGCUGUGCUUAUCAAUACAAACCCUCUUUCCAGGUUCACAGGUGGUACUCUUACCUUGCAAAGAAGGGGAUGGCAAGCAGCGAUGGAAUAAAGGUUCUCACAUUGAGCACAUGGCCACACGUUACUGCCUGGACACCGAAAUGGUGGGGGACUCCAACGAGAACAUGAGGGAAGUCGUCAUUAACCCUUGUGAGAGCACGGCAAUGAGCCAGCGAUGGGAGAUGGUGAUGUCCUGACCACGUCUGUCGGCAACGCUAGCAAGCUCAACCAAGAGGACCUUUGUUGAGAACAACAGCCAAGGAUGCUGUCCAAGCUUGGGGGUGGGGUGGGGCUUGCCUUCUAGCGUGGGGCAAAAGCCAAAGAAUAAGGACAUACAGCUGUGCCUAGGUUGAAGAAAGCACACAAGUGCUGGCUCUGAGAGCCAUAGCAGAAGUUUCAAGGACAGGUGGGACCACACAUCCAUACAGAUAAGAACACAACUGCUUAAUCUGGAAACAUUGUCAAUGACCCUCAUCUGUUAGUUGUAGCAGAAGUCGCUCUUCUCAUUUUUGAGUAGGGAACCUGCUGAAAUCAGUAAAUGCGGUAAUUUAUUGUCCUCAUUGAUAAGGUGGUGGGAAAAAGCCUUGGGAAAUAAUUAGUGGGAGAAGCAGCUUCUAGCAGCUGAAGGGCAGAGAGGAGGAAAACCAGGCCUUAUGGGAGCAGAGAAAUGGAUAUGCUGGGAUUACAGCAGAAAAGGCUAACUAAUCUUGCACUUUUGAUUGAUGUAACUGAGCACAACUUUGGAAGCGUGCUGGAGCAAGCUAUAUUGCACAUUAUAAUUUGUAUUUGAUUCA